CUCUUUCCCAUAACAGAGUUUUUGCCAACUUUUACCUUCCUGACCCUGAGAACCUCCAAAUGUAAAGGACGGCAGUAUAUAAAGAGACCCAGUGUGGCUUUUCUCUUCCACACCACUUCACCAUGAAGGCCCUGAUUUUCCUCACUUUGCUCGGAGCAGCAUUUGCUGCAGCUGAAGAUGAUAAGAUUGUUGGAGGGUAUGAGUGUCCCAGACACUCUGUCCCCUAUCAGGUGUCUCUGAAUGCUGGAUACCACUUCUGUGGUGGAUCCCUCAUCUCCAGCCUGUGGGUGGUGUCUGCUGCUCACUGCUACAAGUCUCGCAUCCAGGUCCGUCUUGGUGAGCACAACAUCGCUGUGAACGAGGGCACCGAGCAGUGGAUCGACGCAGCCAAGAUGAUCAAAAACCCACGCUACAACAGCUACAACCUGGACAACGACAUCAUGCUGAUCAAACUGAGCCGCCCCGCCACCCUCAACAGCUACGUCCAGACCGUGUCCCUGCCCUCUCGCUGCCCCACGGCCGACGAGAACUGCAUGGUGUCCGGAUGGGGCAAUAUGGCCGCCAACGGCAACAACUUCCCUGACAGGCUCCAGUGCCUGAGGCAGCCCAUCAUCGAUGACAGAAUCUGCAGGAACGCUUACCCCCACCUCUUCACCGACAACAUGGUUUGCUCCGGGUUCAUGAACGGAGGCGCCAGCAGCUGCCAGGGAGACUCCGGCGGCCCUCUGGUGUGCAACGGCCAGCUGCAGGGUGUCGUGUCCUGGGGCUACGACUGCGCAAUGAAGGGACACCCGAGUGUGUACGCCCGCGUCUGCCGCUACAACAGCUGGAUCAGCAGUGUCAUGGCCAGCAACUAAACACCCCGCGGUCCUCUUCACGUUCAAGCAGACAUUUACAGAAAACAUCGUCAGUGCUCAUUCUCAGUUUAUUAUGAACACUGUGUGUAUUAUUAUAUAAUACGUACGCAUGUCACUGAUAAAAUGCUAUUAUUCUGCAAAAAAAUUGAAUGCAAUAAAAAUAUGUAUUAGUA